AUGAUAUCGACCCAGGUGCAUGACAUGCGUCUCCUAGAGUCCUAGCUGCUACAGCCUACAGACUACUUUUUUGUCACUCAUCGUGUUGUGGGACCUCUUCUCUGUGCAUCAUGCACAAAAUUAAAACAACAUUCAAUAUUUGGGAUUUUUCAUAUUUCAGCAACUUUUGAAUCAAGGUUUUCCAACACGGUCACCGGUGACGGGUCAUCCACGGAUCCACCCAUAUACGGAGUAUCUUCUUACUUCUGCCGCUCCAUCUUUUUCUUUCACUUUCUUGCUCGAUCUCUUCAUUUUUUGUUUUCAGUUUGUGUUUUGCAGGUUGAAUAUGGCGAGCAAAUAUAUAAUCGGAUCACUCUUUGGAUCGUUUGGUAUUUCAUAUUUGUUCUAUCAUCUUGCUGCUGACAAGAAGGUUUUUGGAGGCACAACUCCGAUGACUGUUGCUAACAAGGAAUGGUGGGAAGAAACUGACAAGAAGUUUCAGAAAUGGCCUCGCACUGCUGGUCCUCCGGUGGUCAUGAAUCCCAUCAGUCGCCAGAAUUUCAUCGUCAAACCUAGAGAUUCCUGAACGGAACAUGGUGAUAGUUUACCACUUGUUCUUGUCGUCCACUAGUAAGACUAUAAGAUUGUUGUAUGUAAGAAUAUGAUAGUACAAUCUUGGCUUUGCUUGCAUGUAAGAUUACUGGUCACUACUAGUCUACUACACUACCUGGAGAAAA